AUGGCAAAGCUCAACGGAGCCGUCAAGGCAGCAAGUCUAGUCUACGGGCUGGCUGCCACCACAACAGUCCAAGCCGCUUCCUUUGACCCCUUGACAUACGUCGACCUGCUCAUCGGCAGCAGCAACGGCGGCAAUGUCUUCCCCGGAGCCACUCUCCCGUAUGGCAUGGCCAAGGCCGUAGCCGAUACCAACAGCGGCAGCAACCAGGGCGGCUUCACGCUGGACGGCUCGUCCGUCACCGGCUUCAGCGUCAUGCACGACUCCGGCACUGGAGGCUCGCCGUCUCUGGGCAACUUUCCGCUGUUCCCGUACACCUCGUGCCCCGGCGGCGAAGUGGACGGGUGUUCGUUCCCAAAGAAUGACCGCGUCAAGUUCGGCGCCUUCUCCAACGAGAGCGUCGUUGCGAAGCCGGGCUACUUUGGCAUCACGCUCAACAGCGGGGCAAAGGUCGAGAUGACAACCUCGCAGCAUGCGGCGCUGUUCAAGUUUACGUUUCCCGACGCGGGCCCUGAUGACAAGCCGCUUAUCCUGCAGGAUCUGACGGAUCUGUCAAACUCGCGGCAAGAUAAUGGCACCGUGAGUGUCGACGGAGAUACAGGCCGCUUUACCGGCAAUGCUGUGUUUGUUCCCAGUUUCGGUACCGGCACGUAUAAGCUGUACUUUUGCACCGACUUUGCUGGUGCAGACAUCUAUGACAAUGGCAUCUUUGUCAACUCGCGUGCAAGUGCCGACGUCAAGGACUUGACCAUUUCACGCUCUAUCAAUGGCUACCCGUUGCCAGGUGGUGCGUUUAUCCGCUUUGCCAGCGCCCAAGAGCCCAUCUAUGCUCGGACAGGCAUCAGCUUCAUCAGCAGUGCCCAGGCAUGUUCCAAUGCAGAGAAGGAGAUUACAGAGUGGGAUGUCGACAAGUACGCCAGCGAAGCCGCCGAUGUCUGGCGAGAGAAGCUUUCUCCAAUCACUAUCGAGGCGGGCGAAGGCGUCGGCGACGACUACAUUAAGUCGUUUUACUCGGGCAUCUACCGCACCAUGGUCAAUCCGCAGAACUACACAGGCGAGAAUCCUCUCUGGGACGAUGGCGAGCCGUACUAUGACUCGUUCUACUGUAUCUGGGACUUGUUUCGAUCACAGAUGCCGUUCUUGACAAUUCUGGAUCCGACAACUCUUACGGAGCAGAUUCGGUCCCUGAUCUCGAUUUAUAAACAUACCGGCUGGCUGCCCGACUGCCGCAUGAGCCUCUGUCCGGGAUACACGCAGGGAGGCUCAAACGCAGACAAUGUGUUGGCAGAUGCCUACCUCAAGGGCCUCAAAGACGGCAUCGACUGGGAAAAGGGCUACGAGGCUGUCGUCAAAGACGCUCAAGUCGAGCCCUAUGCGUGGUCCACCAGCGGCAGAGGAGGCAUAGACUCGUGGAAGAGACUGGGCUAUGUGCCCGUCCAAGACUUUGACUACAAGGGCUUUGGAACCAUGACCCGCAGUAUCAGUCGGACUCUCGAGUACAGCUACAAUGACUUUGCCAUUUCCCAGAUUGCGGGAGGACUGGGCAAGAAGGAAGACCAGGAGAAAUACAUCGAGUCCAGCGGCAACUGGCGGAAUCUGUUCAAGGCUGACCAGACGUCUUUCUUCUCGAACGGAACUGAUACUGGUUUCAAGGGGUUCUUCCAGGCCAAGUUUUUAAAUGAGACGUGGUUUACGCAGGAUCCGUUGAUGUGCAGCAAUCUGGAUUCCAAGAGCAUCUGCUCGCUUCAGAACUCUGGGGCUGAGACCUUUGAGAGCAGCACCUGGGAGUAUGGCUUCUUUGUUCCGCACGACCAGGCUAGCCUGCUCGACCUCUAUGGCGGUCCUGAUUCAUUCGUUGACCGCCUCUCGUACAUGCACGAUCAACAGAUUACAUAUAUCGGCAACGAACCGAGCUUCCUCACUGUGUUCCAGUACCAUUAUGCCGGGCGACCAGCCUUGUCCGCCGAGCGCAGCCACUUCUACAUCCCCAAGUACUUCGCCCCUACACCAGCUGGCUUGCCGGGCAACGAUGACAGCGGCGCCAUGGGCAGCUUCGUUGCCUUUUCCAUGAUGGGCUUGUUUCCCAACCCCGGCCAAGACGUCUAUCUAAUCAUCCCGCCCUUCUUCGAGAGCGUCAGCAUCAAAAGUCCCGUUACGGGCAAGACUGCAACGAUUCGCAAUGUCAACUUUGAUCCUACUUACAAGAAUGUGUAUAUCCAAGAGGCUACUUUGGAUGGAAAGCCUUAUACUAAGAACUGGAUCGAUCACAGCUUCUUCACGGAAGGAAAGGAGCUCGUGCUGACUCUUGGGGAUAAGGAGAGCUCUUGGGGUACACAGGUGGAGGAUCUGCCGCCGAGUUUGAGUCCUUACAAUAGUAGCAGUGAGGCUCAUACCACUGCUCCAGCGAAGAGAUCGUAUGUGCCGCGCUUUGACGGUGGCAUCUUGGGAAUGAUGUUUAGUUAA